AUGCACAAGGAUUUUUUGCUCAUAUUUACACUUUUAAGCUGACAAAUAGUUCUGGGCAAGCCUUAUUAGACUUAGAUUACUCAAUUUAACUCACCUAAACUUGGGCCUCUGAGUGCUCAACCCGUAAGAUCACUUUUUCCUUGGAUUUGUCGCUACCCAACUGUGCGUACGGCCUUUCGAUAAGCAUCACUCAUUCUCUCUCCCUUGAAGAUGCUUGAGAGCUAAGAAGUCGUGAGACCAUCAGUGGCUUGGUGCGUGCCUCACUCUAUCCGAAUUUCCUUGUUCGUUAUAGGGAUUACCUCUGUCGGGCAGCGGAAAGAGGUAAAACGUGAAGUAAGAAAGCCAACGCCAUUUUUUCCCUAUUAAUCAGAAGUGCACCUGAUAAAGCCUUUCCCCAUAAUAAUAAAAUCAGGAAGAGGAAAUUCACCGAGAGAAUUCUCCUCUCAUCCGAGCCAUUUUAUUAUUAUACUGGGCAAGCUAGCAGAAAAAUUUAUUACGAUUUCUCCUGAAAGCCAAUGAGAAUAUAUCAGUAAAUUUACUUGUGAUCCAGGUAAAGGAUCCUGAGAACUAAAAGCAAAAAUCCAUAGGCCUAGUGAUCUCUCCAGUACACAAUUUUUAUCGCUAGAAACCUCUAUUUACUUGGAUACUAAUUGGGACGAAACUUUAAGUUUCCCAGCUUGUAAAGACAAAUUAUCUUCAAGUAAAGGGAUAAAAAACGUCAAAAUUCCUCUCAAUGGAGACUGAUCUGAGCUCAUUAAAGGAACUUUUUCUCAAACUUCCCCUCACGUUUGGUUCUUUGCCCUCUCAAAUUGCAAUGCAACAAUCAAUAAUUCUCAUGAAAUCCGUGUAGAAAUGCAUUUUUUAAAUUCUGAUAAAUCAGAAUUCUCAACAGAAGAUAAAGACUUACUGCUACUAUAUAUUGCAAUUUUUAUAGUUUUUGCAUUAACUUUAUCAAGAAAUAUUUAUAGCUUGCGACUCCAUUCAGCUGAUCUAGAAAAAAUAACUUUCCUUAAGAACGAUUUUUUCUAAAAAAUUAUUUAAUUUUUUAUUUAUUUUUUCCUUGUAAUGGGCGAUAACCAUAAUUUGCUUAUUUUUAAUUAAUAUUUACCUAUUUAGGCAAAAAUAGCUAAUAAAAAGAUAUAUAGAGUUGUAUGCUAUAUCACCUUAUUAAGGUUUUCAAGCAAACCAGUGAAAUUACUCCAAAUUUAAUGAUGCUAAACUCAGCAAUUUUAAUAGAGUUUUUUGGGUUGGUCUUUGAAGUUGCCCAUUUGUUAGUUUAUUAUAGUAAUGGAAAAGGGUGGAUUAUAUUUGAUUUCUUUUAUCAUUGCUUGUUUAUAGUUUCAGGGCUAGUUGUGAGCUUUUUAUUCUUGAUAAUGGCUGAUGGCUGAAGCUUGAAAUAUAAAGAUUUCCCAAAUUUUGAAGAGCUGAUACCGAUUUUACUAUUGCAGGUGCUGAUAAACAUCUUAUUUGUAGGGUUCAGCAAAGUUAUUGAUGAUUCCUACUACAAAUUUAGCGAUUUUGAAGGAAUUCCAGGCGCUUUGAUGCUUAUUUUUAAAAUCUGUAUUUGGUGCUGGUUUAUUUUUACCAUAAAAUCACAAUUUAAUUCUUUGCCCCCAAGAAAAGCCUCCUUUUUAAUGAAUUUUUCAGUUUUAGUAUCUUUUUACCUAUUAGGCCUGCCUCUGCUAGUAUCCAUUUCCUGGCAAUUCAAAAACUACCUGCGAAACCGAAUCGUAAAAAUCGGCUACAAUUUGAUACAAAUCCUGGUCUAUUUUUUACUUACACAUUUAUUUAGUGACAAGAGCAAUUACUAUAAGAUUUCUACUCUCUCAGAAAGUAGCCUGCCUGGAAAAAGAGCCUACUAA